AUGUCUCCUAUCCCAGUUACCAUCGUCACUGGUUUCCUGGGAUCAGGAAAAACCACUCUCCUCCUCAACCUCAUCCCCCAACUCCCCAAAGACUACCGUCUGGCCCUUCUGAAGAACGAAUUCGGCGACGUCGCUAUCGACUCCCAACUAGCCUCCACCCAAUCCAUCUCCGGCGUCCGCGAACUCCUCAAUGGCUGCAUCUGCUGCAAUCUCGUUGGACAGCUCAGCGAUGCCCUCGACCAGCUCCGCGCUGAGGUUAAACCAGACCGUAUUGUCAUCGAGACUAGUGGCAGUGCCUUCCCCGCUACACUGGCGAUGGAGGUGAACCGACUUGCGCGGGAACAGGGUGGUGCGUUUGUGCUGGAUGGUGUCAUUAGUGUUAUAGAUGUGGAGAACUGGGAGGGCUACGAAGAUACCUCCUACACGGCGAAACUGCAGGCCAAGUACACGGAUCUCAUCAUCUUCAACAAGUGGGAGGAGGUGCCGGAGAGGCGGUUCGAUGAUUGCUUGGACCGGGUUGGCGAUUUGGAGGUCGAGACACCGUGGGUGAAGUCGAACAAGGGUCGCGUGGAUAAGGAUGUCUUGCUGGGCAUUGACGGGGCGUUGUUCGCAAAGGAAGACGGCGCCGAUGCCCUGCGUCUUACAGACCACCACGACCACGACCACGACCACAAGGACAACCAUCAGUCCGAAGUCGAGGUUCUCUCGGUGACCCUCAAAUCCACACAGCCUCACAGGACCGUCAACGUCUCCUCCCUCGAACAUCUCCUUCUCUCCGCCGCCAAGGAAGAAGUCUACCGCAUCAAAGGCAUUCUCCGCUGCUCUACAGAAACGCCCCCAGCCGACUCAUCAGAGAAUACCAACGGUGAAAAAGCCACCCCGGCCUCAGCUUCAUCCACCGAAACCGGUCCAACCCAAUAUCACAUUCUCAACUGGGCCUUUGGUCGCUGGACCUUCACCCCCUCCGCCGCUGUCGCCGAGUCCGCAGACCCCAGCGUCGUAGCCCGCAUGACUUUAAUCCUGGCCCGCUACGAAUCCGCCAAGUGGAAGAAGAAGCUCGAGGCCGGUGGUCUGGUGCAAGUCGCCGAGGCCAACGAAGAGGCCGAAUUGGUCGUGGAGCGCCUGGUCUAG